AUGCCAUUGUUCACAUCUAUACAUAGACAUUUGAGCCCAUUCAAUCCGGUCUCGGGAUCUCAUACAGCUUUGAACUAUCAAUCUUGUCAUUCCUGAGAGUCCAGCAUGGCGCCUCAGACGGUUCCCUGUCAGUACAAGACAGGAAAGACUUUGGGGAGUGGAACAUAUGCCGUUGUCAAAGAAUGUGUGCAUAUAACGACCGGAGAGUAUUUUGCUUGUAAAGUCUUGAACAAGAAGUUCCUUGUCGGCAGAGAGCACAUGGUCCGGAAUGAGAUCAAUGUCCUGAAACGCGUGUCUGCGGGCCACAAAAACAUUGUAUCCCUGCAUGACUUUUUCGAGACGACUCACAAUCUCUAUCUUGUAUUUGACCUCUGUACCGGCGGAGAAUUAUUCGACAGGAUAUGCCAGAGAGGGAGCUAUUACGAGAAGGAUGCGGCGGGCAUCGUACGGACAGUGACAUCUGCUGUAAAGUAUUUGCAUGAUCAGGGGAUCGUUCACAGAGACUUGAAACCGGAAAACAUCUUGUUCAAGAGCAAAGCUGAGGACGCAGAGUUGAUGUUGGCAGACUUCGGACUUUCGAAAGUGCUUGACGAGGACAACUUUUCAAUUUUAACCACUACGUGUGGAACACCCGGCUACAUGGCGCCUGAAAUCUUCCGCAAAGCUGGUCAUGGUAAACCGGUAGAUAUCUGGGCCAUUGGAGUCAUCACAUACUUUCUGCUCUGCGGAUACACACCGUUUGACAGAGAUUCACAGUAUGAAGAGAUGCAGGCGAUCUGUGCAGGAGACUACAAAUUCGAGCCAGCCGAGUACUGGGCAGGUGUUUCCGAGACUGCCAAGCAAUUCGUCCGAGAUUGCCUUACCAUCGAUCCGACAAAUCGCCCGACCGCUUCCCAAUUACUGGAUCACCAAUGGCUACACACAGAGGUCGACCAUGUCGAUCUGCUACCCAACGUCAAAGCAGCGUUCGAUGGCAAGAAGACUUUCCGCAAAGCGGUCUUGGGCAUGAUGGCUGUGAAACGAAUGCAGGACGUAUCGAUGCACGAACACGACAAGAAGGUCAAGGAUCAAGACAAGCUCAAACAAGAGGUCGAGGAGCGCAAAGCAGAGGCAGAAGAGGAACACGUCAAUACACACAUGUAACACAUUCUCGUCGUUGUCUGGUGGUACAUGCAUUGCCAUAC